GAGGUCGUAAAUCCGCCAUGUUUUCCCUCCAUGUAGCAGCGUUGCGACAGAGACGGAGAAUUUGAACGACAUGAAUGUAGAAAAUAAUCAUACGGCAGAAACAGAGAAGGGGGAAACGAAGAACGGCACCGAGACAAUCACCAUCCAGACUACACUGGGAGACGAAGAUGAGGAUGUGCACAAGUGUGGACGCUGUCAGUCCGAGUUUUCUACGCUGGAGGCUUUCAUUCAGCACAAGCUGCACCACAGCUGCAAACGGGAGGCGAACACCCAGGGAGUCAGCCAAGAGGUUACUGCAGCUAAUGGGAGUUCUUCUUCAGAGGUGAAAACAGUUGAUGGUGCGUCCUCAGAUGAACCAGGGAGGACCACUAAUGAUGAAAGCGGUGCUCUGUUGGGUCGAGGCCGCAGGAGGAAAAUCGCUUCACUUAAAGUCACUGACCAGUCAGAUGGGACUGAAGGAUCCACAUCUGACAAUGCUGACAGUGACAAGCCUGUUUACAAAGUCAAUCAGCAGGGACGCUACAUUUGCCAACUCUGUGAAAAGACAUUUAAAACAACCAACAUCUUGAGAACUCACAUGAAAACUCACAGUGACCAGAAGAACUUCUCAUGUGACCUGUGUGGGACCUCUUUUCGUACCAAAGGCUCACUCAUUCGCCAUAACCGACGUCACACCGAUGAGCGGCCGUAUCGCUGUACCCUCUGUGGCCAGUCCUUCAGAGAGUCGGGUGCCCUCACUAGACACCUCAAGGCCCUCACACCCUGCACAGAAAAGAUCCGCUUUGUUCAGUACAAGGAGAUCCUGGUCAGCAAAGAUGGAGUACAAAAAGGUGUCGAAGCUGAUCACGCGACAGUGGCUGACCAGCAAGAGGUGAUGGUUGUGGAGCAGCAGUCAGAGGAGCAGGAGAUGGUGGAGGCUCAGACUGCUGUGGUCAGUGUGGUAGAGGCUGGUUCCCAAGAGGUCCUCCAUCAGGUCCACUUCACAAUGGAGGUGGAUGGAACAACUCAGGAGCAACAGGUGGUGGUGGAGCAGUCUCAGGCAGAAGCCCUGGCUGCAGCUGCAGCUGCAGGCGACAACCUCAUCUGCCAGGCCAUCAUCAACUCUGGCAUUCCACUGGGGUCAGAGGAAACAGUGGUUGAGGAAACCUCACAGGCGACAGAGGAGAUAAAUAAAGUGGUUUCUGACUGUCCUGAUGUUGAUGAGAGUGUCACAGAGAUCCAGAUUAAAGAGGAGUUUGUGGAGAUGGAGGCAGAGCAGGAAACAGAAGAUGGGGAUGAUCAGACAUCCUCAAAAUUGCACACAUGUCCACACUGUAAUCGCUCCUUUAAGGGACUGAACUACUUCCGUUUUCAUGUCAAGGGCCAUUUGGGUUAUAAGCCCUUCAAGUGCACACUCUGCCAAAAAGAGUUUCUGACUGGUUACCUGCUGAAGAAACACAUGGAGGUUCAUGUCAGUGAGAGGAGAUAUAAGUGUGGCGAGUGUGGCAAGCUGUACAAAACCGUUGGGCAUGUACGUGAGCACAUGAGGGCCCACUCAGAUGAAAGACCCUACCACUGUGCCAGAUGCAACAAAGGAUACAAAACCAAGAAUGCCUUGCAGGUCCAUCAGCGGACUCAUGGGGAUGAGAAACCCUACGUGUGUCAGUUCUGCUUGAGAGGCUUCAGGGAGAAAGGCUCUCUGGUGCGACAUAUCCGCCAUCACACUGGAGAAAAGCCUUUUAAAUGCCCAAAGUGUGGACGGGGCUUUGCUGAGCACGGGACCCUCAAUCGGCACAUGCGUGCUAAAGGAGGCUGCCAUAAGGAAGAUUCCAGCGAGCAGCAGGGUGUGGUAACAGAGGAGCAGGCAUCAGUGGACAGCCUCGCUACAGCAGCCAUCAUCUCAGAGGACCCUCAUGCGGUCCUGGUAGAGUUCUCUUCCGUGGUGGCAGACACACAGGAGUAUAUCAUCAAGACUCAAACAGAAGAGGAAGUGCAGGAAGAAGAGGUUACACUCAUCCAAGACAGCCAAAAUGAGAUGGGAAACCACAUCAUGAAAGUGGUGCAGCGAAUUGUCAGCCAGUCCCACAGCGCCGGAGGCACCGGCAGCCACCAGAUCAUUGUUCGUAAUGUGGCGGCGAACGAGGAGGGCCCGUCCAUCUCCGACUGCGGCGACACCAUCACCAUCGCCACGCCCGAGAGCCUGACGGAGCAAGUGGCAAUGACGCUGGCCUCCGCCAUCAGCGACGGUACGCUGCUGGCCACGGCGGGCACCGUGGAGACGGCAGAGGGAACAGUUACCAUGGUUACCACAGAGGAAGCAAUGGAGGAGGGUAUACAGAUGGUGCAGCAGCAGGAGGAAUAUGUCAUCACCUCCCCAGAGGAGGUGGAGAUUCAGACUGUCAUUGUAUGAUCGAAGAGGACACUAACGAUGGACUGUAAUAGAUUUGGCUUGACUGUACCUGUGUAACCGUUUACUGUAGAGUUUGUAUGAGUUUUAUGUGUGAUCAAUUACAAAACAAAGGCCAAAGUAUUUAUAAGGUUUAUAGUUACAGGAAUAGAAAAACCUAAAAAUGAAGCGUGCACAAGGACUAGUUCUGUCAUGUGUUUGAUUUUUAUUGAUAGAUUUACUGAAACGAAGCGUUGCAUUCAGUAUGUCAGCUAAUUUUCAAACUUUUAGUUGCAUACAGCUUAAAAGAAUAACUAGAUUAAUUAUGUGAGGUUUUCAUUCUUUUAGGUGGUACAAACUGAACGCAUCUUUGCAUUUGUCUCUUUCCUUUGCAGCUUUCAAAAAGUGAAAUUCCAUUUUCUUUUACUACCUAAAAGGACAUUGUUUCACUGCAGUUUUCACUUCUGCUCUCUGAUGUCCGGGUCGACUAGAAGUCAUGUUUUUAAAACUCUACAUUUCCAGUUUUAAAUGUGGCGCCCUUUAAAGGCCGACAGAUCUGAAACUGUGCAAGUGUUCCUGCCUGCUUGAGGCUGCUCAGGGACACUAUAAAUUUCCCAUGAUACCGUGUUGCAGUUCUGAGUUGGUCAGUCGUAAUGCACCUUUAAACAUGAGAGAUACACCGAUAAAAAGACAUGAAAAUAUGGUCAGUUUACUUAGAGUUUGCAUCAAAUAAAUGCUAUUUUCUUAUA